UUUUUAUUAAGGACAUCUCGAAUUAGUCUCAAACCUAAGAUGGGUUCUUAUACAACCUUCCUGAUUGCCGCAAUCACUGCUGCAGUAACUUCGGUCAUCUAUGAUGCGCUCCAGCAAGAUUUUGGGCGGAGCUUUGAGAUGGGCGGGGCACUUGGUUUGAUCGACAGGAAGGGAAACCUUAGCUUGGAGGAAUACUAUGAAAAGUAUAAUGGAAAAUGGCCUGUUAUUAUCACAGAUGUGGUCGGAAAGUGGAAAGCCAGUGGAUGGAGUGAGAAUUUUUUUACUCAGAACUUUGGAGAUGAACAUGUCACGCUAAAAUCUGUUCAGUCAAAACUUAAAGAUGCCUCAAGCAGUUAUACGACCCUCCAGCAUUUUGUGAAGCUGAAGAAGAGUACGGGAAGGAAAGAUAGAUGGCUUUAUGUCGAGGACGAGAUCUUUAUACCCCGUAGGCCAUCUUUAAAGGAAGAUAUUGGACAAGUGAUGUAUCUUGAGGAGGAUUUCUUCCAGCUAUUCCCUGAAGAAAUUAGACCUUGGAAUGCCAUGAUGCUAUGGGGUACUGCUUACUCAAGAUCAGCGCUACAUAUAGACCCAUACAACUGGACAGGAUCUAAUGCAGUGAUUUGGGGGAAGAAACGAUGGAAGCUAUACCCUCCUGGCCAAGAUGACUUGCUCUAUGCUAAAACCAACCCUAACUCUGGAUUUCCUCUCAACUGCCAUACAUAUACAAGUCCUAUCGAUGCCUUUGAUCCAGACCUAGAUGCUUAUCCCAACUUUGCCAAAGCGAGAGCUUUUCACGUUGAACAACAUCCAGGUGAACUCUUGAUUAUUCCUUCAGGAUGGUUUCACCAAGCUUUCAAUGUCCAAGAAACCUUCGCUAUCAGCAGUCAAGUCAUGGACCUUGCAAAUUAUAAAAUUAUUCUUGAAGAGAUAGCCAAAGCGGGUCAUUUUGCACAAACCAAGCUUCAUUCAUUAUAUGAAUCCUUUACACCCUCAAAACAGGUGGAAGCCGCUAUGAAACUCAUUCCACAGCACGUCAUCGAUAGAGGGCGCACUGUACUGGACAUCGCCAUCAACCAACUGACCUUGCAAGAGUCGAUGCAAAGCAAAUAUUCAUGAUGCAGAAUACUAUUCCAUCUACCAUCACCUAUUUUUGAAGUUCAUAUUACCCUACGCGAUAUUCUGCAAUGCGGCUCUGACAACCUCUUUUCUGGUAUCGGCUUUUUGUAUUAUGCUUUUUACACAACGUUUUCUUAUCCUCGUACUAUUACUAACCCUGCGCUAUCCUCAACCCCCAUUAUCCCCCUUUUUUACACAGGCCAAAUUUUCUGCCUAACCCCAGCUAACGAAAUGCUUGCCUUUCUCACACAAAAUACAGUAAUCCUGGACAACCAUUCAUGAGUGCUCCGACAAUCUUCCAUGAAUAUGGUUGGCAGAGAAACACUUUAACUCCAGUAAAAGUCAGUAAAACAGACUGGUCACAAAAACAGCUCACACAAGUUUUUCAUGAAACACUGCCCAGCAGGAAUAUUACCAGUAAUAGUGCACUGAGACAUGUCUCCAGACAGAGAUUGUCUCAUAUUGGUCUCGGAUGCUAAUGUCUGGGUAUUGGUUACUGUCUCAAAGGCAAUGUCUUUUUCUCGCAGAAAUUAAGAACUAAAGUUAAUCUCACUGGAUCGUAUUCUGAAGUCGGGUCUAACUUAGACCAUGGUCUAACUCUGUGCUAUAAUUAUGGGAAGCCAAAAG